AUGUCACAGACGUCUGUUCCUGAGGUUGGCAUCUGGCAGCUGCUGUAUAACCACGGGGUUAAGCCGUUUCCAGAGAAUCAUGUGAUCUUCCAAGAUGGCGCUUCGAAAAAAUCAUACACAUACAAAGAUCUUCGGACGGCCUCACUGAACUUCGGCAGCUCAUUACGGAGUCAAUGGGGAUUCAGAAAAGGCGAUGUGCUGGCAUUGAUGUCCCCGAAUUGCAUCGAAACCCCAAUAGUGACGUGGGGAUGCCAUUAUACCGGGACAGUGGUCGCGCCCGUUAACCCAGGCUUGUCUGCACGGGAACUUCAGCAGCAGCUUUCUCGCAGCCAGGCAAAGGGUAUAGCCGUUCAUCCGUCUUGUCUGCGGACUGCGUUGGAGGCAGCAAAGCUAGCUGGUCUCGCCGAGAGCCGGAUACUGGUCUUGGGAACAAAGAGCGAAAGUGGCAUUGGAAGCACAACAGCCCAGUUUAUGGAUAAUGCUCCCUCGACACCUACCGAGCCCGAGAACAUUCAUCCGGACGAUGUCGCCUUCCUCGUCUACUCGUCCGGAACAAGCGGGCCUCCCAAGGGUGUCAUGGUGUCUCAUCGGAACGUCGUCGCAGAUGUCGUUCUACAAGCAGCGAUCGAGGGGCCGCAUGUUAACUGGAAGAACGAUCGGACGUUGGCUGUUCUUCCGACGUAUCAUAUAUAUGGCUUAAUAUGUCUCGUAUACCUCCCAGUCUUGCUAGGAACAUCGACAAUAUUCAUGGAAAAGUUCGAGCUGCAGACAUUCUGUAACUUGAUUCGCGAGCACUCAAUAUCGCAUGCCUACGUUGCACCACCAAUUGUGCUCCACCUAGCAAAGAAUCGCUCCAUCAACGGCUCAAACUUAGCUUCUCUACGGAUGAUCACAUCCGGAGGCGCACCGCUCGGGGAAGCUCUCAUCCAGGAGACAUAUAGCCGCUGGAAAGUUCCACUGCGACAGGCGUACGGGCUAUCCGAGACGACAUCUGUCUCUCAUAUUCAGCGCUGGGACAGCUGGAACAAAGGCAUCGGAUCAAACGGACCAGUGGUACCAGGAGUUCAAGCCAAAAUCGUAACGGACGGAGACCGAACCGCCGCCGUGAAAGAAGAGGGCGAGCUGUGGAUUAGUGGACCUACAGUUUUCAACGGCUACAUGAACGACCCGUCCUCCACAGAAGCCUGUUUCACUGCGGACCGGUGGUUCAAAACUGGAGAUAUCGGUUUCGAGGAUGAGAUGGGGAAUCUCUACAUCACAGACCGUGCAAAAGAUAUGAUCAAAUUCAAGGGGUACCAGAUAGCCCCGACGGAGCUGGAGGAUAUCCUAAUUGAACAUCCUGCUGUGAGCGAUGUCGCCGUCAUCGGUGUCUGGAACGAAGAGAUGCAUUCCGAAGUGCCGUUGGCAUAUUUAGUAGGCAAGGGUGAUGCAAAUGGGAGCGAGGACGUGGCUAGAUCGGUUAUGGAGCAUUUGAAGGGGAAAGUGGUGCAUUACAAACAUCUCCGAGGGGGCGUCGUCUGGAUCUCGCAGAUUCCGAAGAGUCCCUCGGGUAAGAUACUGAAACGGGUGUUGAAGGAUCGAGUUGCCAGCGUAGACAAAGGGAAGCAGAUCCUUGCUCCUGAAUAUGCUCGCUAUCGAUCCAAGCUGUAA